UUCUCCGUACUUUCCAGAAAUUUCGUUACUUUUUGCACGAGACCCCUUUUGAUCAAAACAUAAAGUGUAAAGUAAAAGGUCUGAUUCAAAGUGACAGAAAACGUAGAGGAAACUAUAAAAGAGUGACUUUUUAUAAUUACUAUUAUGUCGUCCAAUCAGGCCAACGAACUAAAAGACAAGGGAAACAAAGCUCUUCAAGCUGAAAAAUUUGAUGAGGCAAUUACAUUUUAUACACAAGCAAUAGAACUGGAUGGGACGAAUCAUGUUUUUUACAGUAACAGAUCUGCAGCCUAUGCAAAAAAGGGAGAAUAUGAAAAUGCCCUGCAAGAUGCCAAGAAAACUGUAGAAAUUAAACCAGAUUGGGGAAAGGGUUACUCUAGAUUAGGAGCUGCUUUGUGUUAUCUGAACCAGGAAACCAAAGCUUUAGAGGCUUACCAAGAAGGUUUGAAGAAGGAUCCUAAUAAUGCUCAACUGAAAACAGCCAAAGAUGAACUUGAAAGAAAACUUAGUCAAAUGAAUAAUCCAUUUGCUGAUCCCAACCUUGAAAUGAAAUUAGCAAUGGACCAACGUACUCGCGAAUUUAUGAAUGAUCCAUCAUUUUGUAUGAUGCUUUCCGAGCUCAAAAAAGACGCAUCAAAGCUAAGCAUGUUUGCUAAUGAUCAACGUAUAAUGACAGUGCUUAGUGUAUUACUUGGUAUACCAAUGGAUUUUGCCAAGAAAGAAGAUGCUAAACCAGAAGAAAAAAAACCUAAGACGGAAACUAAAGAAACUACCCAAUCACCUGAAAGCAAGUUGUCAGAUGUGCAAAAGGAGGCGUUAAAAGAAAAAGAAUUGGGAAAUGCUGCUUACAAAAAGAAGGAUUUCACUACAGCGCAUUUGCAUUACGAUAAAGCGAUCGAGCUUGAACCAACCAACAUCACUUUCUACACAAACAAAUCAGCUGUUUUAUUUGAAGAAGACCGAUUUGAGGAAUGCAUUCAACUUUGCGAGAAAGCAGUAGAAGUUGGCCGUCAAAACCGAGCUGAUUUUUCACUGGUGGCAAAACCGUUAGCGAGAAUUGGAAACGUAUAUUUCAAACAGAAAGACUACAACAAAGCUAUUGAAUAUUUUCAAAAGUCGUUAUCUGAGGUUCCCAACGACGCCGUGUCAAAAAAGAUGAAACAAGCGCAGAAGAUUUUAAAAGAUGAGGAAAUAAAAGCAUACAUUGAUCCAGAAAAGGCUGAGACUGCAAGAGAAGAAGGGAACCAAUUGUUCAAAUCAGGUGAUUUUCCCGGUGCGCUGAAAUGUUACAACGAAUCCGUAAAACGCAAUCCUGCCGAUGCACGCACGUUCAGUAAUCGUGCAGCCUGCUACACGAAAUUAGCUGAAUUUAGCUUGGCAUUGCGCGAUGUGGAUGAAUGUCUACGAUUAGAUCCUAAAUUCGUGAAGGCUUACCUGCGCAAAGGAGCGAUAUGUUUGACAUUAAAGGAAACUGCUAAGGCCAAGCAUGCUUACGAACAAGCCCUUGAAAUCGACCCCAACUGUCAGGAAGCACGGGAUGGUAUUUACAAUUGCAUGCGUACAAACAGCACGUUGAAUCCGGAGGAGCGUCGAAAACAAGCAAUGUCUGAUCCGGAGAUUCAAAGUAUUUUAAUGGACCCAGCAAUGAGGAUGAUUUUGGAACAAAUGCAAGAAAAUCCACAAGCUGUGGCGGAACACAUGAAAAAUCCCGCAAUUCGUGAAAAAAUAGGCAAACUUGCCGAGGCAGGCAUUUUACAGAUGAGAUAAUUCAAUCGUUUAACCAAACGAGAUGUGUGAAAAAGGUGACUACAAAAACAACAUUCGUGGUAAUGUCGAAGAUCGCGAUGAAAUUUCCCCUCUAACAACUUACUGAAAAUAUUUUACUGUUCUUGUUGGUGUAAGUCUGUUUAUAGCAAAUACAAUGAAAUUGAUAUAA